AGCGUACGUCAACUACAGGGAGAAUAAGAAAGAGAGGCAUCAGGAAAAUAAUAUCCUCGAUAAGAUAAAAAAUUUGAGGUCUUCGGAUUUUUAUUGUCUUCCCCUUUUUUUUUUCUUUUUUUUUUCCUAUUUUCUGGGGAUUUCGCGAGUUUUUGUGAACAGUGCGGGGCAGAAUGGGUCGUGCGAUGGUGUUUAUGGUGUGGGGAUUUAUGGGGAUUGCUCUGGCCCACCCUGGGGCUGAUCCCGAGAUUCUCCCAGGAAGUGACUUGACUAAUUUCUCAGGAUUUCCGGUGCGUCAAACCCCUGACCCGCGAGUGCGACUCUCGUCGACGCAACAGCAGCAGAUCCUGACGGACGUCCAACAGCACCAGCUGCGAUACAAUUUUCCUGGUAAUUCCCACGUAACAUUUCCCCAGCCCCAGCUAGCAUCAAAAUCCGACGCAGGGUUGUACCCCUCCCUGGCGAAAUACCGAGUCGACCGAACAAAAUCAUCAACAGAGCGUCCAUUUCCCCAAACAGCUCAAUACUCAAUUCCCCAGUUUUCCUCUUCCCUGUUCCCGAAUUUUCCAAGCGCAACGGAUCUCCCGUCGACGUACUACAACGACGCCUCCUCCAUCAGCCUGCAGAGCUACUACGAGAAACAACGGGAGCUAGAUCUCCUCCGGAAGCAGCGAGAGCAACUGAUCCUCGAGCAGAACGAGCUGAGAAGACAACAGGAGCUUCUGCGACAGCAACAGCUAAAAGCCCUGACCUCGACAACAACGAGUACAACACCAGCGACAACGAGUGCUUCAUCGUUGCUGUUGUCUUCGCCAACGUCCAGACGAAUCACUCCAGCGGAAUCCGAGCUCUUCCUGAAAGCAAUAGCCACUCACCAGAAGAAAUUCACAACGACAGCGAAGCCGCUGACAGCAUCACUCACACCACUGACAUCGCCCAAACCGCAAGAGCCGAAGCUUGAGGAGCCCCAGGACAUCCCGAAAGACCUUCUCCAGCUGAUUCAGGCACAGAAUCCCCAGCUGAUAGCCACCGGCAAGAACAAGCCCCAGAUUAAGAUAAUCUAUCAAACUGAGAAACCAGCGACGCGUCCCUCAAAGUCAAAGACUUCCGAGAAGGAUCAGCUGCUGCGCCAGCUGAAGCUAGCCCUCGCCGAGAACAGCGACGACGAGAAGAACGUGACAACCCGGGACCUGGUGCUGCCGAAUGGACGGAAACUGCAGAUUAUUCAGGCACCGAAUGGGCUGUCCUCUAUUGUACCGAAUGAGGGAUCGAGUCAAUUUCAAACUGUGACACAAGCUUUGGAUUUGAAUGCCAGCUCGACGACGACUGUCAAGCCUGCCAAGACGGUCCUAGAAGAGCUAACAAAGGGGGUUCUACCACCAGGUGCUGACUUCGAGGUGUUGAGGCACAAGGAUGAUGGAAAGCUCGAGGAUGUCGCAAGAUCGACGAUUCAGGGAGCUGGCAAGAAGGUGACGUUCGUCGUUCUCGAAGAACAGUCCGAUGGAACUUUCAAGGUUCAAGGGGUCAAGGGGAAUUCCAAGGAGGACGGUGGUGUUGACGUUGAGAGCAUCGUCGAGAAGAUUAAGAAAGGGGAGAUCAAGUUGCCACCGAGCUCGAAGAGCCCGAGGGAGCCGAAGGGGACGACCAAGGGUGUCACCAAGGAGGAGAAGGCAACCACCAUCAAGUACACCGGAUUACCCAGCUCUGCUAAGAUCAGGGACAGUUCCAGUGAUUUAUCGGCCGAUUACUCCCCUCGCGUGACUGUAACCCCGAAGUCGGUGUCCCAAUUGGAUAAUUACGUCACCUCAGCAUCAACUCAGUCUGCGAAUAUCUUCAACUCCAUCUCGACAUUCAAUCCAACAACAGCUAGAUCUCCAUCCACCGCGUACAGAUCAAUCUCAACGACAAUUCACCCACCCAGGAGUCACUUCAUACCAACAAUGGCGCCAGUUAGUGAAAUCAUAAGUACGACACAUCCGCCGGUAUUCACGACCUCGUAUGGACCUCAAUCCUCGUCGUACGUUCACUUCGCUAGUUCCACAGUUUCACCGAUUCCCAGAGGCAUCUCAAGCACCGAAGCCACGAGUUUGAAUAGCGCUGGAGCAAGUGAAAAUCUCAUAUUCAAUGACUUGGGUGGAAAUUCCGGUGCCUCCUUCGAGGCAACCACUCCUGGGGAUGCUCAACCCCUCGAGACUAUCGCCAAUUUGUUGAGGAGGGAGGGAUUAUUCGCAAUGGCUAAAUAUCUCAGGCAAUCCGGACUCGAUACUGUACUCAAUGAAACUGGUCCUUAUACGAUAUUUGUGCCGACGGACAAGGCCUUCAGGACACUCCUGGUGCAGCUCGGAGGCCCUGAAAAGGCUGAGCAGAAAUUUAAGGAAAAUCCUCGACUCCUGAGUGGUCUGUUACUGCACCACGUAAUUCCAGGUGCGUUUAGAAUCGACUCAUUGCAGGACGAAAUGACAGGUGUUUCGCUGGCCGGAACUCAACUGAGAGUUAAUGUUUAUGAUAUGCAUGAUCAGGAGUGGAAUGACGUUAAGGUGACAACGAUAAAUGGGGCAAGAGUAGCGCCCAACAAACGUGACAUAGAGAUACCACAGGGAAUUGCCCAUGCAGUAGACCGUGUUAUGUUUCCACUUCCUGUUGGUGAUUUAACGCAGACCCUUGCUGCCGAUCGGGAACAGAGAUUUGGUACUUUCUUGAGAAUACUACAUGCAUCCGGUCUUGAGGAUACCCUUGCUGGGACCAAGACAUUUACAGUAUUUGCCCCAACGGAUUCGGCGUUUGCAGCCGCCGCGUCGAACUCGGGACGAGGAGUUUGGACCGACGGAGAUGGUCCGGAAUUAGCUAAAAAUAUAAUUUCACGACACAUUAUACCAACGACGAUGUACACAGCUGGUAUGAGAUUCUACCACCAAAAGGACACACUCAGGCCGCAGUUUACAUUGAGAAUCCAGAAAAAUGGAGGUCGCGUUAAGGUGAAUGAAGCUCAAGUGUUGACUCACAAUAUUCCAGCGACCAACGGUGUAAUUCACGCAAUCGACUCAAUGCUGUAACAACCAGUGAAUUAAACGAUAAUUGAUAACGAAAAAUUGAUAACGAAAAAUCUUCGACGAAAUGCCAUAAAGUCGAGUGCAGGUGGUGGAGAAGACAUUCAGAAAAUUCCACGUGUUUCAGCUGAAAAAGAUAAAAUAUGAAAAACAACCGUAUUUUUCAUAGAUAAAAAAUUGAUAAAAUUGAGCUAUGUGUAUUCUGAAUAAUACUUAAUGAAACGAUUUUUUUAGGCACUUGAAUAACUAGCUUUAGCCGACGAAUACACGAGAACUAACUAAUUUAUGCGUAAUGGUUCCACGUGGGUUAAGAAAAACACAAACGAAAAAGUAUUAACCUUCUACAUUUUUAUUUCUUAUCUCUAAAUGAAAUCAAGUCGAUUGUAUAGUGAUGGCGAUAUGUCUAUAACAGCGAAGUUGUCUAUCGAACAGUUUGUAUUAUUAUUGAAUAAAGUGUACAGAAUUUAUAAAUACCUUAUCACGUUCAAU